GCCCUAGAUUCUAGUUCUGUUUUGAUCCGAUCUUUACCCUCCCCUCCUUGGAUCCCUGUGUAUCUACUGGAGCCAGGUUUCUCUCUGGGUGCUGGACCUGACUGUCUUAUUCUGGAAGCUUCCAGACAGCCACAGUUAGUGCCCAUACUUGAGGGGAUGGCUUCAGAUGGAGCAUCUCCGUUGUCAGGACCGGAUAUGACCAUGAAACCUGGCGCUGCCAUGUCUCCUUUCCCUGCCCUUCCCUUUCCGCCACCUACUCCAGGCCCACCAGACCAGCCACCCUGGGAGCCACCCCCAUGGCCUUCCAUGCCUUCAGCCUUCUCUCCAGGCACCCCUCUAGUGCUGUCUGCUUUCCCCAGCCGACUGUUGAUGACAGGGGAUGGGGGCCCUGGCUCCAGUGGGCCCGGGGCUGGCAAGGUCAUUGUCAAAGUCAAGACAGAAGGGGGGCCAGCUGAGUCCCCUCAAACUCAGAACUUUAUCCUUACUCAUACUGCCCUCAAUUGGAUUGCCUCAGGUGCUCCUCGCGGGGGCCCUGAUGGUCCUCCACCUCAAUUCAUGACAGCCUCUAAUGUGAAGAACAUUCUGCCUGCUAAGGCUGUUGGAGUGAGCCAGGAGGGGCCCCCAGGCCUUCUUCCUCAAGCUCUACCACCAGCGGCCCAACUGGCCCCCAUCGUCCCCGUGGAGAAGGCUUGGCCAGGGCCACAUGGGGCUCCCGGGGAAGGAGGCUCUGCAGCUGCCCCAUCCAAGCCCUCACUGGGUGACCUCUCCUAUACCUCCAAGGGCGUUUAUGAGAAUUUCAGACGUUGGCAGCGCUACAAAGCCUUGGCCCGGAGGCACCUAUCCCAAAGUCCUGAUGCAGAAGCUCUUUCCUGCUUUCUUAUCCCAGUGCUUCGUUCCCUGGCCCGGCUGAAGCCCACCAUGACCCUGGAGGAGGGACUGCCGAGGGCUGUCCAGGAGUGGGAGCGCACCAGCAACUUUGACCGGAUGAUCUUUUAUGAGAUGGCAGAAAAGUUCAUGGAGUUUGAGACUGAGGAAGAGAUGCAGAUUCAGAAUGCACAGCUGUUGAAUGAGACCCAAUGCCUGCCUCCUGCAGACCCUCUUAAACUCGAUCCUCCAGCACCCCCAGCCCCUGAGGUUUGCCAGCAGCCAGUGUACAUUCCAAAGAAGGCAGUCUCCAAGACGCGGGCCCCUCGCCGGCGGCAGCGCAAGUCCCAGAAGCCUCCAGUUCCUGAGGCAUCCAAGGAAAUCCCACCGGAAGCAGUGAAAGAGUACACUGACAUCAUGGAAGGGCUGUUGGGGAGCCACUCAGCCACUGGGGAGUCUGAUGGAAAAUGGGAAGAGGAAGAAGAGCAGCAGCAGGAGGAGGAAGGGAUGUACCCAGAUCCGGAUCUCUUGAGCUACAUCGAUGAGCUGUGUUCUCAGGAAGUCUUUGUUUCCAAGGUGGAGGCCAUCAUUCACCCUCAAUUUCUAGCAGAUCUGCUGUCCCCAGAACAGCACAGAGACCCCUUGGCCUUAAUUGAGGAGCUGGAGCAAGAAGAAGGACUCACUCUUGCUCAGCUGGUACAGAAGCGACUCAUGGCCUUAGAACAGGAGGAUGCAGAGGCGCCUGCAAGCUGCAGUGGAGCUCAGUCAGACUCAAGUCCUUCUAUUUCUGAUGAGGAUGAAGAUGGGGGUGGGCGGCUUCGGCCCUCAUCUGGGCCUCAGAUGUCUGGGGGCACUGUUCGCCCCGAAAAGGCUACUUCUCCAGGGAAGCGGGCAAGGGAAGGGCAUGGUGGGCAGGAGCGAGCCGUUCAUGGCCUGAGGGGGGUGACCAGGGAUGGAAACACUCCGCCAUCCUCCAGCAGCUGGGACCUGCAGCUAGAACUAGCAGUACCACAAGGCACUUGGGGACUCUCAGGCACAGAGAGAAGAGGGUCCGGGAAGGUCACAAACUGGAUAUCCCCACAGCAGGAGGGCCACCUGGGAGGUGCAGUGUCCCCUGGGCACUCCUUGGUGGCUGAUAGGACUUCAGGGGCCCUGCCCCUCUGCUGGCAGGAAGACUCCCAUCGGGAAGGAGUUCCCCAUUUGGAAGUUGGACUUGCACAGCCAGCUCCUCUGCAGAGUCAGGGUCUAGAAAAGCAGGUCCUGGGGCUACAGAUAGGACAAGAGAUGGAGCCUCUUGGAGGGCUUUCUCAAGGGAAGGAGCCUUCAGCACUGACCCAAGAAGGCUCUCUAGGAGCCAUGUGGGGAGAUGUCAGAGGCCCUCUGAUGGUUCAGAGUUAUGAUCAGGACCCUUCCCCUAGGGCAGCUGGAGACAGGGAUGGUGCCCCUCUCUGUCCAGAACUCUGGCUGAACAGUGAGAUGGAUGCCAUAGGCUUGGAGUUGCCCUUACAAAUUGAGGAGGUCAUAGAGGGCUUCCAAGAUGGGGAAUGUGUAACUGAGCACCAGGGAGGCUGUGAGGCACUGGGCUCUGGGGGCAACACCUCUCUGUGUCUUGGAGAAACCAUACUGCCUGGGGGUGUGGGGAGCAGUGUACUUCCCUGUGGAGGCACGGAUGCCACAGCUGCCUCAGGAAAGAGCAACUACUGCAGCUUGCCGGGACCUCUGAGAGCUAGCAGCCCUGCCUCAAGGCUCAAAGAAAAUAGCGAACGCAACCCUGAGACUACUCCGGACCCGAGUGAUCUGUGGGCUGAAGCCCGUGCUCUAUUGCUGGAAAGCAGAAUUGAUGCCCCCAUACUGGGGUCUUCCAAAGAAACCCUCCUGCCAGCAUGUCCAGGCAAUAUCCUUAUCCUGGGGACCCAGGAUGCCUCCUUCCCUGAGGCCAGCAAAGAUGCAGAAAGCAGAGGCAAUUCCAUCUCUCCUCUGUUGGAAACCAGAGAGCAUGUCCAUAUACUAGAUGUUGGAGAUGACCGUGGCCUCCAACUAGGGGAGGUCAUUGAGGGUAAAUGCCCACCAAAUGUUAAUUCUUAUGACCCCCAAGGAGAGGGCAGAGAGGAUACUGAUCUAUCCAAGCCAAAAGACCUUGCUCCCUUACCAGAAACCCCCAAAUCAACAUCUUCUCACCAGGGCCCUGGAAGCACUUCCCCUAGAUGCAAAACUAGGGAUGCCUUAGUUUUGAGAGAAACGUCUCCUGUGAGCAAAACACGCAGCUCAGCAGAUGGGGCCAGCAAAGAGAAAGAGGAGGAGGAUGAGGAAGAUGAGGAACUCUCUAACUUUGCCUACCUCUUGGCCUCUAAACUUAGCCUAUCACCAAGAGGGCUUCCCCUCAGUCCUCAUCCUGCCUCAGGCCUGCCCUCUAUAGGUCAGGGAGUCAAGAGAGCACUCCAUACCCUUUCUGCUGAGGUAGGUGGCCUUGGUCCACCUCCAUAUCCUGCUGCCAAAUCUGGGAAGCAAGCUCUAGUUGGAGGCCCAGCAUCUGUUAGAAAGAGGCUCCACCCGGGAGCUGGCCUUGAGGCCUCUGGGGAGAAACCAUCGGCUCUAGUUGUUAGCCCCGCACAGCCUCGUAAAAGGCGACGUGACAGUUUUGUCACAGGGAGAAAAAAGAAGCGACGUCGUAGCCAGUAGGGAGUGGUAGGACCAUCCUGUCCCACCUCGCAAUCCCGUGGGGCUUCAGGGUAGACUUCAUCCCUCCUGCACGCCAACAGACUCUUUGCCAGCCAAAUGUAAUUGUUUCGUUGUUCUACAGAAGUGGUGAGGGUAGGGAGGUCAGACUCACUAGGGUGGAGUUGGUCUCCUUGGCAGGAGGUGAGGGGAAGUACCUCUGGAAGGAGCUGGAUGGAAAAAAAUGAAUAAAGAUGUUUUUGUUGGAAAGUGACCUUCUGUACUUAUGUCUGUUGCUAGAUGGAUGGAGUAAGACACUACAAAGAAAGGAGGUGGGGGCGGUCCCAGUUCUCUGUAUCUAACUUACCUUGACUCCAACUGCAUCUUGGCUUCCUACAGUCUUCUCUUGGGAAUGGAGGGGCUUUCAGGCUGUGAUAAGUUCCAGCAAGAAUAAGUCCCUAGCAAUAACCUUAUUCAAUCUCAAGCCCAGACUUGGUUUUGGGAGGCCUUCUCUGGAUAUCCCAUCAUUACCCAUCUCUCUUAAAGUCUAUAAAUGGAGAUAUGCUUUUGUACUGGUCAGGUUUCUAGGGUAUGCAACUUUCUAAAUAAUUUUCCAUAAUUGUGUCUAGAUGGCAGCUUUUAAGGGAGGCCUUGUUUUCUUCUUCCUUGAACAGACUGGACAGAGGAAACUUCAGUGAUCCUCAGCUAAUCCAGCAGCAAAGAAACCCUCCUGUGUGGCUGGCCUGACCUGAUGGGGAACAGGCUUGUUUCUUGUUGACACAGCUCUCUGCUCCCACUACAGGAGACAUAUCAAAUCUCAAUAGGAUGAGUAAAUAUCCUAUUGAUUGUAGCUAGCUAUUUU